UUAAAAGUCUGGACUGCUGCGAAGACAAUAUUAGUAAAUACAAGUCGAGGAAGAAGAACACGUCUCUGCUGCAGCUGAUUUGGAAAAGUCAUGAGUGGAUGUCCGUACUUUGAGAAGAGGCAUUUGUUAUUCAAAAACAAGCCUCCCACGACAGAAGAGGAGGACGAUGCCUCUCAGAGAGGGGUUAACAAGGCCAGUAAAGGAGGAAUCAUCUAUGGAGACUACCUGCAGCUGGACAAAAUAGUGUCAGCCCAGGUGCUGCAGAGUGAACUGAAGGGUAAUAAGAUCCAUGAUGAGCACCUCUUCAUUGUCACCCAUCAAGCCUAUGAACUGUGGUUCAAACAGAUUCUGUUUGAGCUCGACUCCGUGCGAGAGAUCUUUAUCAGUGGACAUGUCAGAGACGAACGCAACAUGCUCAAAGUCAACAACCGCAUCCACAGGAUUGUGAUGAUCUUCAGACUGCUGGUCGACCAGUUUGCGGUUCUGGAAACAAUGACUGCUCUGGACUUUUUUGACUUCAGGGAAUACCUGGCUCCAGCCUCUGGAUUCCAAAGCCUUCAGUUUCGGGUCCUGGAGAACAAAAUCGGGGUCCCGGACAACCAGAGGGUUCCCUACAACAGACGCCACUACAGGGACAACUUCAAGGGUCGUGACAGUGAGAUGCUGCUCGCCACUGAACAGGAGCCGACGCUCUUAAAACUAGUCGAGGAAUGGCUGGAGAGAACUCCUGGCUUGGAGGCGGAUGGAUUCAAUUUCUGGGAAAGGCUGGAAAUCAAUAUAUUUGAUGGGUUGAAUCAGGAGAUGGAGAAAAUCGAGAAAAUGCCAGAUUCUGAGGAGAAGGAGGAAAUGAUGGCUGAGGUGGUCAAACAGAAGGAGCUGUUCACUUCUCUGUUUGAUGAAAAGCGUCAUGACCAUCUCGUGAGCAAAGGUGAGAGGCGGCUCUCCUACAAGGCUCUGCAGGGUGCCUUGAUGAUCUACUUCUACAGGGAAGAACCCAGGUUCCAGGUUCCUUUCCAGCUGCUCACAUCCCUCAUGGAUAUCGACACCCUCAUGACAAAAUGGAGAUACAAUCACGUAUGCAUGGUGCAUCGUAUGAUUGGCAGCAAAGCUGGCACAGGGGGCUCAUCUGGCUACCACUACCUGAGAUCCACUGUCAGUGACCGCUACAAAGUGUUUGUGGAUUUGUUCAACCUGGCAACGUUCCUGGUGCCUCGCCACUGGGUGCCCAAGCUGAAUCCCAACGUUCACACGUUCCUCUACAUGGCCGAGUGCUGCGACAGCUCCUACUGCAGCAGCGAAGACUCAGACUAGGAGACGUCUGUCCCGGCUUCCUGCCUUUCACUGUAACUGACCUCACAAUAGAUCUCCUGCACGGCUGAAAAGUACUGGUGAAUAGGUGGCCAUCAAAACAUGCAAAAAAAGACAUAUUUCAUUAAGAAUUCAGUUCUGAGAUAUGUAUGACAUCAGGCUGACGUACCUGAGGAAGUCUAUACACUGAAAAAUGUUCACAUUUCUGCACAAAACGCUCAAAUACUACGUACGAUGAAAACAGAAAUAAGGUGGUUGUAGUGAAACAUGGCACAAGGACGGACCAUUUAAAAUGACUGACAAUGUACAUAGACCACCAAAAUAACAUGAGAGGCAUCAGAUAGCAUGAUGGUUAUACUGGUAAUUCUGUGAAGUAUUGGGAUUGUGACAUGUAAAUACAAGAAUAUGUAAGAAAAUCUUAAUUUGAAUGUCAAGAAAGGUGAAAAACAUCGUUUUCCAUCUCCUCUGACACUAAAAACACAGAAAAUACCCUCAAAUUAUGUUAACAAAGACUAGAAAAGCAAAUUACAAGCUCAUUAGUGUCAUCAGUCUGUAGUUCUGAGGAUUUUGCCACAGAAAAUUGUGACGCAGUGUCUGACCCUGAAUAAAUCAAACGGUCAAAUUACACUAUUUGACUCUAAUCUCUAAUCUUGACUGGUCACAAAGUAAAGCAGAUGGCUCCUUGAUAGGAUUCGCUUAGAUGUUUUCCAAUAAAAUUAUGCAAAUUCACUGCGACUGACCUGAAAGCGAAUAGAUCGGUGAGAACUGGUCGGGAUGACGGAUUCUUACAGCAGCAUCAUCCUUCAUGUCGGCGGGACGUGGUUCAGAGCAAAGACACUAAACCUCUUAAAUAGAAAGAUUUGUAAAGUACACAUGUGACAGUAUAAAAUGGAGGCCAAAUAAUGUGUACAUAAUGUUAAUAAGGUAGUUGUGUGAUAACAUGUUUGUAUAGUAUGCUGUAAAAUCAAUUUUGUUAUGUAUUUAUGCAGUGAUUGAUGUGAUCGCUGUAUACAUAAAUAUAUGAGCCAUAUCACAUACAGUAUGUAUCUAGCUUAUGUAUUUAAUAAGAUACUUCUUCUUUUUUGUACAGUUCAUCUACAUACGUGUUAUUGACAUGUUGUGUUGUUGUGUGUUGUGAUUUCUCAUGUAUGAUCCAACACUCAUCAGCACAUGAAGUGAUUUAUUUUGUUUUAGUGAUGUACAAUUGUGACAUUUCAAUUAAAAAAACCAUCACUUAAA